CCCUGCUGUGUUCUACUCCUCUACUGUACGUGUUCCACGCUAGAUACGACGACGCCAAAAAUAAAACGGUCUGCGAAAAUGUCUUCCGGGGUAAACCUAUAAUACAUAGGCAAGCAUUUCUCACGUAUGCAGCGCUGGUCAACUUCCUCAUCCCACUGAUCAUCCUAAUCUUCUGCUACGUGAGAAUCUUUCUCAAGAUCGCCCGCAAAGCCUCUGACAGCCGCACCAACAAACGGCAGAGCUUCAAACCGGGGAAGAUCCAACUGACCAGCAAUACGACUUCGGCAACACUACACAGCGCUAAACUGAAAACCCUGAGAAUGACGGUGGUCAUUGUCGGCUUUUUUAUCGUCUGCGGAUUGCCCUACUUCUUUGCCGAAAUGUUCAUGUCGUAUGGGGAUUUCAACAAGCUCAGUACCACAGCUUAUGCUCUACUUGGAGGUUUAGCCGUUGCCAACUCUGCCGUGAAUCCCUAUAUCUUCCUCCUCUUUAGUGUCAACGUUAAGUGUCUGAGGAGCAUGAAACUAUGCCCAGUUCAGACGGGCCCCAACAACAGACAACUCAUGUACAACGGAAGUGUUCGAUCUCGAGAGUACUCCUCCACACCUUACUCCCGCACACCCAUCACUGGGGUAUCCAUAGAUGCUUACGAGUUGACCAUCUCCACGACCGCCAAUAAACCAUCCAUUGCUACUGGUUACAAUCCAAAGAUUGGUUAUAUCUCUGGUUAG